AUGGUCAUGGUUGCAGACGGGGACGACCUUCAUGAUACGCUAGAAGAUGUCAGCGAAGAAUUUAUGCAUGAACGUAAUGCCGUUAUAUGGAGUUUCCUAGUCAUUGUUGUCUCAGAGAUAGGGGACAAGACCUUCUUUAUAGCUGCCAUCAUGGCUAUGAAGAACCCUAGGCUUCUCAUAUUCUCCGCUGCCAUGUGUGCUUUAGGCAUUAUGACUUUCCUAUCUGCUCUCCUAGGCCACACCCUCCCUGCCCUCUUCUCCAAAAAGUACACUCAGAUGGUCGCCGCACUACUAUUCAUAGUCUUUGGCCUGAAAAUGAUUAAGGAAGCUUACGCAAUGACGGGCAAAGAAGGUCUAGAAGAGCUCGAAGAAGUCACUAAACAAAUAGAAGAUAAAGAAGCUGAAAUGAAGGCCUCUCAUAUGGAAAAGGGUGGUAAAGAUGGAAAUGGAAUACCUAAUGGAAGUACACAGGACCCGUCAUCAGCACAACCGAUACCAGCUAUGGAAAAGCUACGGACAUUGGGAAUAGGCAUCUCAAAUCUCAUGAAUUUCGUCUUGACUCCUGUGUUUGUGGAAACCUUUGUCCUCACCUUUCUCGCUGAAUGGGGUGAUCGAAGUCAGAUAGCAACCAUUGCAUUAGCUGGUGCUGAAAACUUGUGGUGGGUCACUUUGGGUUCCAUUGCUGGUCAUUCCAUAUGUUCAGCUAUGGCUGUCAUUGGUGGUAGAAUGCUGGCAACCAAAAUCAGUGUCAAGACAGUCACACUGCUGGGAGGUGUACUAUUUUUAAUAUUCGGUUUCGUAUCAUCUUGGGAGAGCUUUGGUAUUGAACUUUAG